AUGGAGCACAGCGGACGCGAACGCGCCGGCCCCGGCUUGGGAUGGGCCCGACUGGGCCUGGCCGGGGCCUGGCCGAAGCUGGCGGCGCCCAGCGCGGCGCCCGCCGGCGGCUCGUCCCAGGCGAGCCCGCCCUUCUCGUGGCUGCGCGUGGUGUCGCAGCUGCUGUCGCCGCUACCCGCCCUCCUGCAGCGGCUGCUGCCCGGCGCCGCGCUCAGCUCCGCGCUGUGCCCCGCCAAGGCACCGCCGCCGCUGGUGCUGCUGCCCAGGGCGGACACUUCGCUGGACUGGACCGAGGAGAAACUCCCGGAGAAGCGGCCGGAGCCGCCGGCGGGGCUGUGGGGAGCAGGGCUGGUGAGGAACAGCCUGGGAGCCCUUCCCGUGGAUUGGUACGUGCUGGGCUUGGAGCAGGGCAAGAGCCACCUGCCGCAGCCCCUGCGAGCCGAGGGCUUGCCCGAGGUUGAAUUCCUGCGCAGCAAGCGCCUGGCGUUCCUCCAGCGCUGGCACCUGCCCGUGCCCGACCCCGACCACGGCUACCACAGCCUGGAGGAGGAGCAGCAGCAGCAGAACAGGGGUGUGUGCCUGGAAAUUGGGGAGCAGCGCGGUAAUAACGGGGAUUUAGAGCAGGCCGAAGAUGCGGGGAUUCAGCCCGGCGGUGUCCCCGAGGAGCAGGAGGGGCUCCGGGGUGCGGCUGAGGAUGGGGAAGCCUUGGCUGGAGAGGAACGUGAGGACUCGGAAACGGAGCAAGACUUCCCGAUUUCCACCAGACCUGUCUGUGCGAAUAAAUUAAUCGAUUAUAUCAUCGGGGGAGUAUCCAGCGGCGAGGAGAGUGAGGGUGAGGAAGACUGGGAUGAUGGUGAUGAUGAUGAAGAUGAUGAUGACGGGUUUGACAGCGAGGAGCUGCCCUCCGACUCAGACGCCGGCAGCCAGGACGGGGAGAGGCUUCAUCUGUGGAAUUCCUUCUACAGCUUGGAUCCCUACAACCCUCAGAACUUCACCGCCACCAUCCAGACGUCUUCCAGCGAGCCGGGAAAGGGAAUGUCGGACAUGGAGGAGGAGGAGGAAGAGGAGGAGGAAGACUCAUGGGCAGAGUCCUCUGAGGGCUCGCCUAGUUCCGAUGAGGACGAGUGGGACUGUGAGAGCGUGGAUGAGGCGGAGAGCUUGAAACUUUGGAACUCGUUCUGUAGCUCGGACGAUCCCUAUAACCCUUUGAACUUCACGGCGGCUUUUCAGCCAGCGGAGAAAAAAGGGACGCCGGGUUUGCAAGGGGCAGAGAGGGCGAGUUGUGCCCCCUCGGAGCAUUUCAGCAGGGCACAGCUGGAAAAACACAACUGCGGCAGCACCGAGCUGGGGCAGAGCAGCGAGAAAACUGCGAGCUCCAAGCGGAAGAAGGUGACAUUCCACGAGGAGUUGACCGAGUACUACAUCAGCAGCGAGGAGGACCGCAGGGGCCUGACUUGGGACACUCUCAGGGAUGGAACAGCCACAGCUCCUCUGGCAAUUCCACCAUUCCAAUCCCACUCACGAUUCCUUUCCCAACACCCCUCAUCAAAAUUUCCCAACUCUUUCACCACUUUAAACUUUGACUCAAACCACUUUAAACUUGGAUUUACUGAGAAUUCCUGCCUGAAACUCUGCUUUUUUCAGGUGACAUUCCAGGAGGAGGUGACCGAGUACUACAUCAGCAGCGAGGAGGAUCGCAGGGGGCCCUGGGAGGAGCUGGCUCGCGACGGCUGCCGCUUCCAGAAGCGCAUCCAGGAGACUGAGGAGGCCAUCGGCUUCUGCCUGAGCCCUGAGCACAGGCUGAGGGUGUUCCAGAGGCUCCACAAAGCCCAACCCCACAGGACUGACCCCUUCUAGAACCUUCCACCUCCUGCCGUUCGCCCCACCCUUCAAUCCGUGAAAUAUCAACCGCACGCGGCAGCUGCGUGUGCUGAAACGGGGAGAAAAAUGGGAUUUUUUUCCCUUUUUUUUUCCCUGCAUGUGCAGAAAUGGGGAGGAAAAUUGGAUUUUUUUCCCUGCAUGUGCUGAAACGGGGAGAAAAAUGGAGAAAAAUGGGAUUUUUUUUCCCUUUUUUUUUCCCUGCAUGUGCUGAAACGGGGAGAAAAAUGGAGAAAAAUGGGAUUUUUUUCCCCUGCAUGUGCUGAAAUGGGGAGAAAAAUGGGAAUUUUUCCCCUUUUUUUUCCCCCCCUGAUUUGAUAUUCGUUUGAUAUUGUCUGGCAGCUGCAUGUGCAGAAAUGGGGAGAAAAAUGGGAUUUUUUUCCCCCUUUUUUUUUCCCUGCAUGUGCUGAAAUGGGGAGAAAAAUGGAGAAAAAUGGGAUUUUUUUUCCCUUUUUUUUCCCUGCAUGUGCAGAAAUGGGGAGGAAAAUUGGAUUUUUUUCCCUGCAUGUG